AUGUUCCAAAAUAGUCUACAGACAACAUCGAUCCUAGUUACCGGACGCCUUUCUUCCGAAGCACUGGCAGCCUCUGCCUUCUCUUACACGUUCGCCAUGGCAACCGCAUGGCUCAUUGCCCUCGGUGGAAGCAGCGAAUUAGACACAUUGGCCGCAAGCAAUUUCACAGCCUCCAAAGACAAGCGCAACCUCGGAAUUCUUCUGCGAAGAGGGCUGUUGGUCUUGACCGCGUCCUCCGUCAUCAUCGUUCUGUGGUGCUUUUCUGAGCCCCUAUUCAGGCGGUUUGGACAGCCGGAGCACAUUUGCACGCAGAGUUCUUGGUUUCUCCAGCUACUCGCUCCAGGCAGCCUCGGUUUGGCUUGUAUGGCGCUCCCAUGGCCACUGGCAUAUCAUACUGGGUUUCAUCCUCUUUUAGUUGCCUAUGCGGCACUUGUUUAUGGCGAGGAGUGCUGGAGUGGCAUUCAACUGGAGAGUUCUCUGAGCAACUCUUGGACCUUUGCUAAACUUGCCCUUCUGGGUUUCGUCCAUGUUGGAACUGAGUGGUGGGCGUUUGAGACUGUUGCUCUUGCCGCAGGCCGACUUGGCACCACUUCCCUUGCGGCCCAGUCAGUCGUUAUGACUGCCGACCAGAUUAUCAACACCAUUCCGCUUGACCUGGGCGUUGCAGAGUCGGCACGCUUGGGGAACCUUCUGGGGGCCCAAGACCCCAAGGCCGCCAGACGGUCUGCCCAUUGUGCCGCCGUCCUCUCUGUCCUCUCUGGCUCCAUCAUUCUCACGAUUCUAUUUGCAACAAGAUACUCCAUAGGGGGGCUGUUCAACAGUGACGAGCGCGUCAUUGGCCUUGUUGCUGACAUUAUUCCCUAUGUGGCGCUGUUUCAGAUCGCAGAUGGGUGGCAUGGCAGCUGCGGCGGAGCGCUGAGAGGCAUGGGACGUCAAUGGGUUGGGGCCCUGGUCAACUGCGUCUAG